AACAAAUUAACAAAAUAUCAGCCGGCGAGUUGAAAAGGGGCUCACACGGCGUCCGUCUGGUUUAUUGCCACUCCCACCGGCGGCCGCACAGAGAAUAUGUGUCCCACGAACCAUAAGGAAGAAGACGACGGAGACUGGCGGCAAGAAGCAAUCAACGGUGGAUCUCUCAAGCUUGUAAACCUAGACACCGGAUCCAACGGUUGGGCCUCACCUCCUGGUGCUCUCUUCUCUCUCCGUUCCCGUAACUACUUUACCAAGAAGCAUAAGUGCCCCUCCGGUCCAUGGCUUCUUCAUCCCGCCGGUGUAGAUUGGCUCCGCUCCACAUCAAAACUCGACCACGUUCUAUCACGCGCCGACAAUCGUGUCAUGAACGCGCUCAGGAAGCAACACAGUGCAAAAAAGAAUUUCGUACUGGCUGUGAACUUACAGGUUCCAGGUAGGGAUCAUCACAGCGCUGUAUUCUACUUCGCAACCGACGACCCGAUUCCCCCCGGUUCACUUCUCUACCGUUUCAUCCACGGCGACGACUCUUUCCGCAACCAGCGGUUCAAGAUCGUGAACCGGAUCGUCAAAGGGCCGUGGAUCGUGAAAGCUACCGUGGGCAACUACUCGGCUUGCCUGCUUGGGAAAGCACUGAAUUGUCACUACCACAGCGGUCCGAAUUAUCUAGAGAUUGACGUGGACAUAGGUAGCUCGAAGAUCGCCACUGCGAUUCUGCAUUUGGCGUUGGGGUGCGUGACGGCGGUGACAAUUGAUAUGGGGUUUCUGGUAGAAGCACAAGAAGAAGAGGAUUUACCGGAGAGGUUGUUUGGGGCGGUUAGGAUAUGCCAAAUGGAGAUGUCUUCGGCGACUUUUGUUGAUACGGCUACAAAUAGAUCAGUGACACCGGCAGCAGCAGCAGCAGCUGCUCAUAGUAAUCGUGUUCAGGCAUCGGAUCUGCAGGAUGAUGAUGCCAGUGUUGACAAUUAAAUAAAGAUAAUGAAAAAAGGGUAAAUUCUAGCAACAUUUGGGAAUCUCAUAAAUCAUAGAGUAAGUAGUUUUCAUGAUCUAUCCUAUCUGUCCAUGUAUCCACUGAUCAACACAUUUUUGGUGAUGGUGUAGAUAAAAUAAUUUCAAUAAGAAUAACUUUAACCCUUUUGAGGUAUGAUGAUUUUUGUU